GAAACUGAACUAUUCUGCUCAAAGAGGAGAGGCCAUCGAAUUUCAAAUUCUAAGAGAGGUGGAAAAAUGGCAAUGGAAGUUGAAGUGAGUGUAACAGGCUUGAAUUUCCCCUUUCUGCAGCCUGUACGACGGCGUUUUGGGCCGGAUGCCCUCUUCUUCGAGGCUGGCAACAUAGAAAGACAACUCCUCGCUAAACAGGUUACAUUAGAUAUAACAGAUAAAGAAAAGCAGCAGAUACAAAGCAUGGAAGAUUGGGGAAGCAGUGAAGUCUACUGUCCUAUUGUUGGUUGUGGAGCGCACCUCCUGUCUUUGGAGGACUUUGAAGAUCACUAUAUUGCUAGGCACAUGGCAUCUUGUUCUGUCUGCUCACAAGUAUAUCCAACAUCACAUUUACUCAGUAUACAUGUUUCUGAGGCCCAUGAUUCAUUCUUCCAGGCAAAAGUUGCGCGUGGAUAUGCCAUGUAUGAAUGCCUUGUCGAAGGCUGUGAUGCAAAGCUGAAGAGCUACAAGAACCGACAGCAACAUAUGGUUGAUAAGCAUAAAUUUCCUUCUUCAUUUGAGUUUUUCAAGAAGUCGAGACCAUCAAAGAAACAGAGGCAGAAAACCCAGCGUAAACAAGCAGUGCACAAAACAGAGGAUGCAUCAACUGCAAUGCAGGUGGAUCAAGAAAACAUCGACAGCCUUGUUUCUGCAGUUUCAAGACUAAGCACUUCAGAGUCUCCUUCAUCGAUCAGUUUUGGCCGUCGCCACACCCGAGGUCUCACAUUCGUCCCCCGAGCCGUUCAAAAAGAGAAAAGACCAGGCCAGUCAUCAGAACAGCCAAAAAGAUAGCAUGAUUACUCGGAAGAUUCAAUCACACAUGUUCCUCGAUGCGGUUCUUUGAUUUGAAGUGGCGAUAUAUUGGUCAAAUCAAUGAAAGUAACACAGACAACGUCAUCCAAAUCCAACGGGGGCGUGCCUCGUCCAAUCUUCCAGAGAUCUCGAUGUACAAUUCUGCAUAACGCUGCUUAUUUUGCUGUAGAUCUUGUGCUGUUCUUUAACAGUUUGGCAAUUGACGGUGUUGUAUUGAACUAUAUGCCAAUGUACUACAUAAUCAUAAAUUUUUCAAGUUUUUCCUGAUUCACAUCCUUUUUGUAAUGACUUCUCCAUUUUCAAGCCAUUCUCCAAAACCUUAUUUUUGUUAA